GACUGGCAGGACCUGGAAUUGACUGUGGACGGCUCCCUACUCUCAGGCAGUGGCAGCUUCGUAGAGAGCCUGAGUGAAGUGGUUACAAAUAAGCUGCGAAUGCUGGCCGAAUCGGCAAAUUCACGACGAGGAGUAGCUCAGAUGUCUCUUGAUCAGUCUGGAAAGAGGCUUCUUGCCGUUGAAGAUCAAUACAACGAGGCAGUUGCAAACGUGUCACUAGCUGAACAAAGGAGAAACUCGGCAAAUGAACGUGUUAAUGAAGCAACAAUGAGAUUGCAGCAAGUCGAACGGCAGUUCAAUGAUAGCCGAGAUGAGCUACAAGAACUGGUGGACAUUGACAAACGGUGCACGGAAGAGGUGUGUAGGGAUGUUUGCAUGCCUGGAGAAGUGUGCAGAAACUGCUCCAUGCCAACUUUCAUUGAAAAGACUGGAAAGUGUCCAAUCACAGUCAAAGAAGUCAGAAAUAUACGUGUUCCUCCGUUCUUUGUAACAAGAACCACGUGGAUAUUUGUGACUCAGUGCCGUCUUGAGAACAAGCAGGUGUGCAUUAAGGAAGACUGUCCAGUGGGUGUCGAUAAAGUAUGCUAUGGGAAAUGUGUUCCGGUGUUUGAAUCACGUCUUCCGGUGUACUACUGGAGAAUGGUAGAAGUGGACGUACCAUCAUUUGAAAAUUGCACUGUCCAAAUCUACAACUCUUCGGUUCCCAGUACAUGUUGUGAGAAUGUGACGUGUGCUGCGAGGGUACCAGAUCCCUCGUGUGUUAGAAACAAUGCAGACUGUAGAGCAAUGCGCCAGAGGGAAGCAGGUGAUGCACAGGGUGUCGGGGACGAGGCUAGGGAACUGUUUCAACAGUUGGUGGAAGCUCGAAGGAACCGCUCGUUGGCCCAAACUGCUAAGAGAAGAGCUGGUGUUGAAUACGAAAUUUACAAACAGAGGGUGGAUCAGUUGGCGAUGAGUUUGGAGAGACUUCAAAAAGCACGUGAUAACUCUGAAACGGUGUAUGACCGUACAUUGGAAGAAGUGGAACCAAUUCUGAGAAUAUAUGAAAGUGGCAAUGACAGUGGGUAUCAGAAUGUCUUCAGCAUCAAUGGUGUCACAUUCAAUACAAAAUUAACCAACAGUCCAACAUCCUUGGCCUUCAAUGUGGUGUUUCAGAAUCUGAUAGACAACAGUGGAACUGAGUACCGAGAAUCAUACCUGUACAUUUCAACACAAUCAGAAGCAGUCAACCUUGAAAGAAUGGCCGAUGGAAUAAUAGACACAGCAUUCAUUGGUGACUCCAAGCGAAGUACGUGGCUACAGACAAGGCUGAGGAGACAGACAACAACAGAUCUCACUCCGAGACAGAUCUUUGCCUCUCGCUGCACUCACAUCUCAAACACACAACUCUUCUUUGCCGAGAUCCAGGCCAGACUAACAGAGAUUCAAGAGAACAUUAACACCUCUCGUGAAGGAGCCGGUGGGCUCUCGGAGAGUCUGAGUGAGGACGGACCACAGGAGGACGAGGAGUUUGCGGCCUACCUGGACCUCAUUAGGGACUACGAAGACCUGUCGAUGGAGGCUCUGCGGGCACUGGAGAGCACCAUCUUCUCAGAGUGGCAGGCCAGCAUGGAGUUCCUGUACUCAGAGUCGGGCUCAGUUGGGGAGGUGGGCUGCGAUGGACUGGCCGACUGCCUCCAGACCUCCACUGACCAACUCCUGAACCUGAUAGACUUGACUCCAGACAGUCAACUGAGCCUAGAGUUCAUCUCUCUGAGACCAAGCUUUCCACUGGCCGCCAAGAGGUUGCUGGAGUUGGCUCUUCUCUCCAACGUUUCCAUCCAGGAAGGUCUGGCUAGGGUGGACCCUAUCAUCGAAAUCACAACGGCCUAUGCAACAGACAAUUACUGGUGUAACGAACCUCCAGUUAUGAUCACAGAGCCACCGCCCGAGGUGAACAUCUCUCUGGGGGCCACCCUGCGAUUAUCAUGCGAGGCAGAGUCAAACCUACCUCUGACAUACUACUGGAUGAGGGGUGGUAAUGUACUGCCACAGUUCACCACAAACGAGUUGGUCCUUGCUGCCGUGCAGCGACAGGACUCGGCCAACUACACCUGUGUGGCCAGCAACCCAGUGGGCACUGCCGAGUCUAUCGACACCAGUGUCACAGUCUAUGAGCUCCCGCAGUUCUAUCUCUCCCCAGAGUCUGUCGUCACCUACUUUGGUGACGGGAAUGGGGCCUGGUUUGCCUGCAACGCAUCGGCCUGGCCCUACCCUGGCUGGAGGUGGUACCAUCGCAGCUCUCCUGAGUCAGACUGGACAAUCGUCGAAGGAGAACUAACCAACGAACUACUUAUCGUGGAUCCCCAAGUAGAGGACGAGGGUAUGUAUGCUUGCGAGGCAUUCAACUAUCACGGCAGUGUUCGUUCCGAGCCAGUGACCCUGACACUUCUUCCGUUCACUGUGUCCCAGCAUCAGUUCCCUCUGGAGUUCUCCGUAUUCAUUUCCAAUGGAACCUGCACAGCAGAAGAUUUGUAUGACUCUCUCUACUCCUAAUAUCUGAGACUAUCGAUGGAGAAACGUCUACCAUCGAAGAUUUCAAUGUGGCAGAAGUGGAUUCAGAGAACUAUGACGUAUCCCUGAGUCUUGUGAGCCAAAACAUCACCACACCCUACCUUCACCUCUCGACGUUUGCCGAGAUUGCAAACUCUGCACUUCCUCAUGCAAGGAGCCUUCGGAAGAGUGUACAACUGAUCACUGAUCUUCUAAAUGGAGACACUGGGGGCCUCAUCUGUCCGGGGACUGGAUCUUCAGUUGUGGAAGACUCUCUGGUAGUGGGUAAGUUGAGGUACGUGUGUCCACCAGGACAGAGACUCAACUCCGACUACCUCCUCUGCUUGAGCUGCGAGCGAGGGCACUUCUCCUCUGAGAUCGAGCGUUCUCGGAUUGUAAAUGGAGUCAGUUUCAGUGAGAGUGUUCCAGUGUGUGAGAGAUGUCCACUCGACACUUAUGCCGAUGCUCUCGGGAGCAUCACAUGCAGCCAGUGUCCGAAGUACCACACUACCUCAUUACCUGGAGCUUCCUCAGUCAAUGACUGUCUGCCUCAGCCACUUGUGCUGGAGUGUGAGGCUAGGACCACCAGUGACCACAUUGACAUUGACUGCAAGACCAACAGACCUCCUCAGACCACUCUCUGCUCCUUCAAUGGUGGACUCAAACACCAGUGUUCCUACCCAGUGGCCAUCAAUAGAGAUGUGUCUCCUCUGGGGAGCCACACACUCACCAUCUUUGUUGAAGACGAUGAGGGAUUCCAGGCAGAGGAAACCGUCCCUUACUUCCUCGAGGAAGACUCCAAACCCACUGGUUAUCCUGUUCAUGUAGCUCAGACCUUGCUAUGCUAAUGCCCUCGUUUUCCUUUCCAGCCUCAGCUGCAGUUCCUCCACUGGAGGUGGCAUUCAUCAAGGACUCUCCUCUUGUCCAGGGAGACUCUGUAGAGGCCCACAUCCUUCUCUCACGACCUGUCCAGUCUCUGGUCUGCAGACUCAAGGGAGGAUCCUUCAGAACUGAGAAAAACUGCUCCGGUGGUUAUGUGGAGUUCUCUGGACUGAGUCCUGCUGUCUACACUCUGAGAGUAGUGGCCACCAACCGCAGACCUGACAAGGAGUUUAUCAGGUCUCGUUUCGAGAUCACAGACGAUAUGGAGCGCUGUACUCUCCACCUCAUCAAUGGUGGAGUGAGUGUGAGUGGAGACAGUGCCAUAGUAGAGUUCACUGGGAGGGGACCUGCCCACGGCUACUUCUGUUACCUGGACAAGAUGGAGCCCUACCAGUGCUCCAGUCCAGUGGUGGUGAGUGGGUUGAGUUCUGGGAGACAUGUCCUGAAGGUGGUACCCACUGGCUGUGGCAGGAACAGAAUGAACCUGAAAACUGACUUCAUCAUUGAGUGACAAACAAUUGUCAAUGUUCAUGUGAAACUGAAACGUUUUCUAUAUAGAUAGUUCUCAAACUAUGUUUGUGGAAACUCUAAUAUAAAUUUUUUUUUCAAGUUGUGACUCAAGCACACAUCAAUACAACUGUUCAAUGAAAUGAUCGUUGUAAACAAGU